UCAAAGAUGACAGAUCAGACAGCUGAAGGCCAAGUGGGCAUCAGGAAAAGGUCCAGAGUGCCUGGAGUGAUGAUUACUCAGUUUGUAGAAGAAAUUCCAGAAGGAAAAGCUCAUCCAGACUUUACCCACAAACCCAUCGCGUUGACCAUUCAAGAAGGUAUAUUAACUAUUUUCAAGGCCAUUGUUAUAGGGGAUCCAGAACCUACUGUCUCAUGGGCCAGGAAUAAUGGAGACAUAUCUGACCAACAGAUAUAUCAGACUAAGUUUGAUCUCAUUACUCGAGAACACACAAUUGAGAUGCCCGGUGUUUCUCCAGAACAGGCUGACACCUACAUGUGUUUUGCAAUGAAUGAGUUUGGCAGAGCUUCUGUCACUGUUGUUUUAUAUGUCAUAGAAGUGGGAUACAAGAAAGACAAAGCAAAGAAAGAUGCAAAAUUGGAACCGAAUGAACUCAAAACUGCACUGAAAAGAAAAAGUAAUGUGCAUGCAAAAACUGUACCAAAAAAAGAAGCCGAACUUGACCCCAAGUUCUGGGAGAUUUUGCUUAGCGCUGAUAAGAAAGAUUAUGAGCGCAUUUGUUCUGUAUGGAUGCUGAAGAAACUAACCUAAAUAAAAAGAGAAAGAGAAGAGCAACAAGCGGGGUUUGUCAAAAGCAUUUCCAACCUGAAGCACAUUGAAAUAAAACCCAGUAGCACAGCAUUGUUUGAAGUUGAUUUGGACCUUGUAGAACCAAGUAGUAGGAUAUUCAUCUACAAGGAUGGAGAAAUGAUUGAGUACUCCAAAGACAUGAAGAUGAAACACAGCCUAAAACAAGUGGGCAAUAAGUUUGUGUUUACUAUAAGGGACCUUAUUCAUGAUGAUGCUGGCCUUUAUCAGUUAGAUGUUGAAAACGUGACCAUGUUCUCUACUGAAUUUAAGAUUCCAACGGUGGAAUUCCUGGUAAAGAUUCAGGAGGUUAAAGCUAUGGACAGAGAAGAUGCAGUGUUUGAGUGUGUUCUAUCUAAUCCCUUCUCAAAAAUCCUGUGGGUGGGGAAGAAUGUCCUUCUGGAACAGGGAGAAAAAUAUGACAUAACAGUUUCUGAAGACAAGCUGAUUCACCGACUGGUGGUAAAAGACUGUAUGCUGGUGGGUAAGGGUAUAUAUGCUGCUGUGGCAGGUAUCAGGUCCUGUAAUGCCUGGCUGAUAGUGGAAGCUGAUAGUGAUCCAAACCUACAUGGCAAAAAGAAAGUGCGAAAAACAACACAGGCCAGAGGAUCAGGCCUUGAUCUGGCAAAAAUUGCAUCACAGCAGCAAAACAAACUGCAGAAAGAGAUAGAGGAGAUGAUAUCAGACAUCAAAACAACUAUGCCAGAGAAAGAUUCAGCAGCUUCUGGAGACAGCAACACUCUUAUAUCUGCAUCAGGGUCUGGCACUGGAUCUGUGUCUGAGGGGGGUUCUGCUUUUGAAUGUAGUUCUGGCUUAGGAUCUAGUGCUAGCCAGGUUAUAGGAAGGACAGAUUGCCUGACAAGCCAGCUGCCAGAAAAUGCAGCCCAUGGCAAGCCACCAACAUCUGUCACUAGACACAGUGAUACUAGAAUGAAUGGAAGUGGUUCCAAUGAUGCAGAAAAGCAUCUUGAAGCGGCUAGUUGUAAAAAUGCAAGUACUUCUACUCUGACUAACCAAAGUGACAAGGACACCAACUCAGAUGAAAAGAGUACAAUUACAGCUGGAGAUGUUCCUCAAUUUGACAGUGAUGAAUUGCACAAGUUCUCCAAACCUGUUGUGGUUAAAGCAGGCCAAAAUGCAACCUUUAAGAUGAAGUUCCCACCACAAGAUUCUUUGGAAAUCAAAUGGUUUAAGGACGGUUCUAAGCUGAUGGAUGGUGGUGGACUGAAAGUGGUAAAGGAACCAAACAACAGCCGACUUCAAAUUAAAGACUGUCUGCAGUCAGAUGCUGGAGAAAUUAAGAUCCAGCUUAAAAACCUUUCUGGAACUGCUGAGGCCAUAUCCAGACUGAUCGUACAAAUAUAAUAUAAUAACAGGCCCAGUGCACCAAAAGGCCCAGCUGAGCUAUUGGAAUGCACAUCAUCUGUAAUUGAACUCAAGUGGAACCCACCAAGUAAUGAUGGUGGCUCACCAGUGAAGAAUUACAUAAUUGAGAGGCAGCAUACAGGCCAAAUUGUAUGGAAGAAAUUAGGGGAUGUCUCUGCAGAUUGGCUUAAAUUUAGAGACAGAAAUGUGUGCCAUGGAAAAAGAUAUGUCUACCGCAUUUAUGCAGAGAACAGUGAGGGCAUUGGGGACCCACCGGAGACAGACACCAUCAUGGCUGGUGCAUUAGUAUUCCCUGACUGCCCAGCCCCUCCAAAAAUUGUCAGUGAUUUCAAGAAUUGCAUUAAUCUAGAGUGGGCUCCUCCAGAGAAGGAUAGAGGAACCAAAAUUCUGGGCUACCAGCUAGAAAAAUGGAAGAAAGACACAAGCCAGUGGGUCACAUUGAAUUCCAUUAAUGAACCCAUUAAAAGUUUGAAAUAUUCUGUGAAGAAAGUAUCUGAAGGAUCAGAGUAUGAGUUUAGAGUGUCAGCAAUUAAUGAAUCAGGAGCUGUAGAACCCAGUCACCCCUCUCAGAUGGUCUGGGCUAAAAAUCCUAACAUGAAACCUCAUUUCAAGGACCCUGUAGAUUUCAUGCUUGUCAGGGCAGGAAACACUGUCAGAAUUGUAGUAAAUUAUGAUGCAUCCCCACAGCCAGAAAUAAGCUGGUCAAAAAAUAAUGAACCUGUGUCUGCAUCUUUCAAAAUUGUCAACACUGAAGGCAUGUCAGCACUUAUCAUACCCAACUCAAAGCGCUCAGACACGGGCAUGUACACCAUCAUGGCUAAAAACUCUAAUGGGAAGACUCACUUUGACAUAGAUGUCAGAGUAACAGAUGAACCCAAGAAAUCAGGCCCAGUGACACUGGAGCAAUGGGUCCAUGGUAAAGUGAUCAUCACAUGGGCUCCAUCACCAGACCAGGAACUGGAUAAUGGGCUGCACUACAUUAAAGCAGAACAUGACACCAACAGUUGUACAUGGCACACAAUAGCUAAGCGCCUCUUCUGCACAACCUACACUACCGAUACCCAGUCUGGACAUGAGUAUCAUUUCAGAAUCUAUGCUAAAAAUGAUAUGAGACUGUCAGAGCCUUCAGAAUUACCCAUAUGGGGAGUUUACAGCAUGAAAAAACUCUACCCCUCCAUUUUGGUUCCUCUGAAAGUCCACACUCUACCAAAAGGCUACGAGUGCUACAUGACUUGUGCUGUCCGAGGCUGCCCCACACCCCCUGUUUCUUGGUACCUGAAUGGCAUCUGCAUCAAUUCUAAUAAACACCACUACAUCACCAAUGCUCAUGGUGUGUGCUCCAUGUACAUCCUCAGAGUGGAGCUCAAAGAUGCUGGUGAAUAUAUAGUGGUCGCCGUCAACUCGUUUGGAAAAGCAGAGGGCUCUGCCACCAUUAAGGUUAAAGGUAAAGGAUUCAUGAAAGUUUGA